AUAUAAAAAUAAAAUAAAAUAUAAUUGAGCUGAUACAUUUGUCACUUCUCCACUCAACCCGUCCUUGAACUCACUGUCUCCCUCCACCAUUGUUCUAUAUUGUAACAUUCUUGCAUCACUCGUUGUCCUUUUCUCCAUUUUUUAUUUUAUUAUUUAUUUAUUUAUUUCCAUUUGUUUAAUAUUCAAGUUUCUACCAAAAUGGCUUCCAUUUGUUCAUUCUUCUGCGACUCAGUCGUUCUUAUUUUUUUCUCAACAAGAUUUCAAACUUCUGUACUGGGUUUUCGAGAUCAUGCUCUAAUUUCAACCUUAAUCACUUGUUAUGCAAUAAUCUUGAACAAAAGGGGCUGUCUCUUUGCCACGUGGCUUCUGUUGGUUCAGUUCAGUUUUGCGAGUCCUGAUGAACAAGAAGCUGAGUAGAAAGGCACAAGUGAGUGAGGUCUAAAAAUCGAGUCUUUAAAAAUGGCAAUGUCGUUGGAGGACCUUUUGGCUGAAGAAGGUUUCAAGCGAAGAAACGCGAAAAUAAAUCCCCGUGUCUCGUUUGCUUCAGAAGGGAGAGGUGGUAAACAACACGAACCCGUGAAAAGGACAGAAAGGACGAAAUCCGAUAUACCUCGAUAUUCCUCGAAACCGGAAUUCGCAACGAGUAGCACCUUCAAAAAUCGAAAGCCAAGAGAUAAUUAUAACAAUAAUAACAACAAUAAUCUUAGUCGGCUGCAGAAAGUAGAAUCGGGUUCUCAAAACAGAACUAGUGUCAGAUACGAAACGAGAGCCCAUCGAGUUUCUGAGAUAACCGAGGUGGAUCGAAGCGACGAGAUUGCUGAGGUGGCAAUCAACCGGUCGUAUAAGGAUGUAUACUCGAAUAAAGUUUAUGCUCAAGAGGGAAUUACGAAAAAUAGGAACAGCAGCUCGUUCAAGCAUGCGCCACCUCAGAUAUCCGAUAACAGAUCGGAUAGUAAAAUAUCCGAGAAUGAAAAUAUUUUCGAUACUCCUUCUAUAGAUGAAGCUGCGGUUAAAGCAAUAAUCUCGAUCUUGAGUGGCCAUAUCAAACGUUUCGUCACGGACGAGGAGUUUCGAACCUCGCUCCAUCACAAGACUUUCGCCUCGUUGAAUUUUAUCGGAUUAAACGAAGGCCUGAGCACCGAAAGCAAAGUGGUGGAAAAUCUCGAACAAGCUAUAGAAAUCGUCGAACGAGCCGCAGAGGAGAUCGCGACCUUGAAAGAACUGAAACGGGCUUCGUUGCAGCUCAGCGUUAUUACGGGACUGAAUUCAGACGAUUUGAGAGACGGAUUCACGUCGGGAAUUGCGAAUUUCAAACUAUCGGCGUGUGCUCAUCUCUACUUGAGUGUAGUAUUUACGAUACAGAAUAAAGACAGGAUUUCGGCUAAGCAUUUACUUCAGGUGUUCUGCGAUUCGCCUCUCCAGGCUCGUACAUCUUUGCUUCCCGAUUUGUGGGACCGUUUGUUUCUACCGCAUUUAUCGCAUUUGAAAAUCUGGUACGAGAAAGAAACUCGUUCCGUAACAGACUCGCCCACGAAUCUCAAGAUUCUUGAAAAAGCGUACAACGAGUGCCUCGAUUCGGGUACUUAUAGCUUUGCAAAGUACUACAAAGAUUGGAUAACCGAGGGGGCGGAAACCCCCUCUGCCCCUGUGAUAAAAAUCCCGUCUUUGUCCUUUCGACUGAUGCCGAGAGGUGGCUUGUACGGCCAUGCAAGCAGUCCCGCUAGUCACGUCUCGCCUCAGACAAUGGUCAGUAAGAAAUUGUACGACGAAGUGUUUAGACAUUCGCGUAAAUCGGGAACUGACUCGGAAGUUUCUAGAAGCUCCGAUAGUCCAGCUGCAGAAGACAAACAACUGAUAUUGUACUCCCUCAAAUCUUCUGCUGAUAAUUUGCCCGAGGAUCCGGAAAACCCGAUGUUUGAACUGAAACAAAUCGAACCGGAACCUUCUAUCCAAGAAAAUCACGAGAAUUACGAAAAACCACAUUCUGUAAACAGCAUGCCCGAAGAUUUUUUAUGUCCGUUAACGGGGCUUCUUUUCGAAGAACCGGUGACUCUCGAGACCGGUCAAACAUUCGAGCGAGAAUCCAUCAUCGACUGGUUUAAUAAAGGAUUCUUAACUUGUCCAGUCACCCGAAAAACACUACGAUCUCGAGCAGCGCCACCUGUCAAUCUCAUACUGAAGCGCGUUAUCGACAAAUGGAAGACAGAUCAUUUCGAGCAUCUAUUCACUCUACUCUCUCGAGAAGAAUCCGACGAAAGUACGACCGUUUGCAUUAUACAGCAACUUCUCGGUGUUUUUAGUAAAGACGAGAGAAUAAUCAAUGCAAGAAGAAUCAUAUCUUCCGGAGGGCUUCAGUUUCUCAUGAGAAGAUUCGACUCUGCGAGAAAAGCAGAAGAUAAAUCGUCUAUAUUACCGUUACUGUUAUUCUGUAUCGAAGCUGACGUGGCGUCCAGGAAUAUAAUCGCUCGGAACAUAAACCGGUGGAAUCUUCUAGAACUACUUCACACCGAGCAUAUUAAAUCUAGAACGAAUGCCGUUCUUUUGCUGAUGGAACUAAUUUGCUUGAACAGGAGGAACGAGGCGAAAUGUUUUUUCGGAGGUCUUUGUGAAGAAGAUAUUAUAAGCGCAAUGGAUGAUUUGCUCGUGUAUUUACAGACUUGUCCGUUCGAACAGACACCUCGAGUUGCGGUUGUGCUCCUGCAUUUUGAUAUUCUGUCGGAAAUCGAGACGAGCAAUGUGUACAGACAGGAGGCUGUUGACUCAAUCACAAUCGCUAUCGAAAGAAGCUUAUCGGAUGGAAACAUCCGGAAGGAAUGUUCUAGAUCUCUCCUAAUACUCGGAGGCUUCUUCUCUUCUUCGGGCAAACUUAUGACAGAGGAUUGGAUUCUUAAACUAGCCGGUUUUCUUAAUGGACCCGACUCGGAUAUAGCUGAAGAUGAAGGUAACGAUAUAACUGUUGAUGCAACGGUGGAUUUUUUUUGCGAAGAAGGAGAAGAAGAAAAUGAGAGGGAGAAGUGGUUGAUGAGUUUAUCGGCUUCGCUCGUUGGAGAUGGGAAGAAGUCAUUUUUGGACACACUUUCGAAGUGUUUGCUUUUAGGGAACUCGGAUUUCGCGAGGGUGUGUCUUACAACGGUGGCUUGGUUGAGCUUUUCGUUAAACGAAACGGAGUUCAGGGUUUGCGCGUUUUCGGCGCUCGUUUCUCCGUUGAAACAGUGCUUGGAGUACGGGAGGAUGGUCGAGCACAAGAUUCUUGCUUCGUUCUCUCUGCUUAAUUUCAGUUCUAUUCCAGAAUGUAGAUUACUGUUGAUGAAGAUCGGAGACGAGAUCGGCCCUUGUCUGAAAAAUCUGGCAGAAGUAACAUGGACAGCUAAAGAACUGUGCACCGUUAUUUCUCGGCAAACCAGGUAGACGAUAUUGUUACAUACAGUUAGCAGUUAGUUACACACGUUUUUUUCCGAAAGUUAGUCGUUUCGACUUCAGACAAAGAUUUGACGUUUGUUUAUCCGUCGAACAAUUGAUGUAAAUUUAAAUCAACCAAACGAAAAUUUUAUAACAGAAGAUUUCAAGCCAUAACCAUAGCUGAAACCGACGACAUUACACGACAUAACAUACAUAAAGACCCCCAAACAGACACGAAA